AUCCUGGAGUCUGGAGGCCAGAGAGACGGGCCUGGAGUAGAGGCACAGGCAGUAGGGAGACAGAUUGGGCCCGAGACCUGCCCAGGGUUCUGAGGAGGCUCCCAGGUCUGGGGGAGCAGCACCCAGGACUCACCUGCCAAGAUGAGUGUGUCUGUGGAGGAGAUGGAGGCCACGGCCCAGGAUGUGCUGGGCAGACUCCAGAGCCGCCAACUUUUCCAGUCCGGGUGGGACACUGCAGCCUUCAUCGUCUUCCUCACUUUCAUUGGCACUGUGCUGCUGUUGAUGCUGCUGGUCAUUGUUCACUGCUGCUGCUGCUGCUGCUGCUGCAGUGCCUCCCCCAGGAGCCCCCGGAAGGAGAGACCCAAGGGAGUGGACAACUUGGCCCUGGAACCUUAACACUGCUGAGUCCUGUCAGCCCUUUCCUGCCUGUCCCCCUAGGGACACUAACAAUGCCUUGCCUGCUCA